AUCCCAAGUGGUUUCCACUCCAAUGGCCCCCGCUCCAAUUUCCCCUGUUCCUAUUUCUUCUGCUCCUACGGUGUCUAGCUGGAAGAUCUAUACAGAAUUCCAGAAGGUGGUGACCAAGAGAUUUGACGAUACCGCAGGUUUUGAGCAGGUGGGGUCGUGGAUUACCAAGGUGGAGCGGGGAUUCUGUCUACUGAAGAUUGCUGACGACCUUGAGGUCGAUGUAGGCAGCUAUAUGCCUAUUGGUGAAGCACUAACUUGGUGGGAGAAUUAUCUGAAGCUACACCAAGGAGAGCCUAAAUUGAGCACCUGGGAUGGCUUUAAAAAGGUUGGGGAUGAGCUAGCCAAGGCUGAUAAAUUUUUAUGGGGCUUGAAUCCCGAUAUUUAUCUGGUGGUGAAUCAAUUCAAACCCGCCACUUAUAGAGAGGCUGCGGACAGAGCCAUAGAUCAAGAAAAGGCUAUGGCUAGAGUCAAGUCCUCAAGACAGCAUAGUGUUGGGUCAUCCUUUGGGAAGAGAAAAUUUGAUGGGAGCCGUCGGUCCCUUGUCCUUGCACCGCCUAAGUCUGAGAUCAAAAAGGGUUCUAAAGGGCUAGGAGCCACCAAGACUAUGAGCCAGGCAUCAACAGCCCAACGUGCUCGUCCUACUCAACUUAUUUGCCACGUUUGUGGGAAGGUUGGGCACACCCGGGAUCAGUGCCACACCGUUACUGAGGCUUGCUUCAAAUGUGGCAAUCAGGGGGCACCGAAACAGAGUAUUGGGGUUAUAACAAGAGCCCAGCAGGCGAGAGUGCAAGUGAUGACUCACAAGGAAGCUGCGACUACCGACAUAAUCACGGGUACCUUGCCUGUUAACUUUGAUUAUACACAUGUUUUAUUUGAUUCGGGUGCAUCGCACUCUUUUAUUGCUCGAUCUUAUGCUUUGAAACGAGCUUUGCCUAUUGAUACCUCUGAUCUUGAACUGCAUGUGGACACCCCUUUAGGAGGGGUGAUGACUACGAGAGAGGCUCAGAAAUAUCUUGUAAAUGGUUGCCAGGGUUUCCUAGUCUUUGUUACUGAUACUAGUAGUGUGACAUCGAGACUAGAAGACAUACCGGUGGUGCGUGAGUUUCCAGAUGUAUUUCCGGAGGAUCUCCCAAGUUUACCUCCAGAUAAGGAGGUUGAAUUUGCUAUUGACCUUGUUCUUGGCACCGGACCUAUUUCCAAAGCACCAUACCGUAUGGCUCCUAUAGAAUUGAAGGAGUUAAAGGUCCAGCUUGAGGAACUCCUUGAAAAAGGGUUUAUACACCCUAGUGUGUCACCUUGGGGAGCUCCAGUGUUGUUCGUUAAGAAGAAGGAUGAGAGCAUGAGGCUAUGCAUUGAUUACCGGGAACUGAAUAAGUUGAAGAUUAAACCGGAUGAUGUGCCAAAGACUGCCUUCCGUACCCGUUAUGGUCAUUAUGAAUUCAUAGUCAUGUCAUUUGGCUUGACAAAUGCCCCUGCCAGGUUUAUGGAUUUGAUGAAUCAGGAGUUUAGCAAGUACCUAGAUAAGUUUGUGGUUGUUUUCAUUGAUGACAUUUUGAUCUAUUCUUCUAGCCACACUCUUCAUGAAAAGCACUUAAAGACAGUUAUCGAGACAAUGAGAGGUGAGAGGCUGUUUGCUAAAUUUAAAAAGUGUGAAUUUUGGCUAGACAAUGUUGCAUUCCUAGGUCACGUUGUGACUAAGGAUGGAAUCUUUGUUGACCCCCAGAAGAUUGAGGCCAUGGUUGAUUGGAAAAGGCAGAAUAGCAUUGUAGAAAUCCGUAGUUUUCUGGGAUUGGCUGGUUAUUACCGUCGAUUUGUGGGGGAUUUUUCUAGAAUUGCUCUGCCAAUGACUUGUCUUAUCAGGAAGGACACCAAGUUUGAGUGGACUCCAGAGUGUGAGAAGAGCUUUUUGACCCUUAAGGAGAAGUUGGUCACUGCUCCUGUACUUGCACUCCCAAUCAAUGGGGAAGGAUUCACCAUAUAUAGUGAUGCCUCUAAAAAGGGUUUGGGAUGUGUCUUGAUGCAAAAAGAUAGGGUUAUUGCAUAUGCUUUCCGGCAGUUAAAGCCUUAUGAAGAAAAUUACCCCACCCACGAUCUAGAGUUGGCAGUUGUAAUAUUUGCACUCAAGAUCUGGAGGCAUUAUCUGUAUGGUGAGACUUGUGAAAUCUUCACCGAUCACAAGAGCCUUAAGCAUAUUUUCACUCAAAAGAAGCUUAAUAUGAGGAAGUCCUCUGGCGUUGCCUCUAGCAUCCUUGACACUCAAAAGGAGUUACUUGAGGAUCUUGUGAAACUGGAUGUGAAGUUGAGAGUGGACAGUACUACGGCUUAUCUAGCUGCUCAGCUGUGUGUACCAAGAGAUCAUGCUUUAAGGCAUGAGAUUAUGGGAGAUGCCCAUUAUACUAGUUAUACAAUUCACCCAAGUAGCACCAAGAUGUAUCGUGAUUUGCGUAGUACAUUUUGGUGGCAGAACAUGAAGAGGGAGAUAGCUAGAUUUGUCUCACAAUGCUUGACUUGCCAAAAAGUUAAGGCUGAACACCAGAGACUUCCUAGGAAACUGCAGCCUUUACCUAUUCCCCAGUGGAAGUGGGAGAACAUCACCAUGGACUUUGUAACCAGCUUACCACAAACCUUAAAGGGUAAUGAUUCCAUCUGGGUCAUCGUUGAUCGAUUGACCAAAUCAACUCACUUCUUACCCUACCAGACUGGCACUUCCAUUGAGAAGCUUGCCAAUAUGUACAUGGAUGAGAUAGUCAAGCUGCAUGGAGUCCCUGUGUCUAUUGUGUCAGAUAGAGAUACCAUAUUUUUAUCCCAUUUAUGGACAAGCUUGCAGCAAGCACUUGAUUGGAAGGGUUCAUGGCAUCAACACUUAUCCAUGGCUGAGUUUGCGUAUAAUAAUAGUUAUCAAUCUAGCAUCCGCAUGGCACCGUUUGAGGCUUUGUAUGGUCGAAGGUGUAGAUCACCUAUUUGUUGGACAAAAGUGGGCGAAAUGAGCAUUUUAGGCCCAGAAUUGGUGCAACAAUCUUUUGAGAUUGUGCAAUUGAUUAAGGAACGCCUUCGUACUGCACAAAGCAGGCAGAAAAGCUAUGCGGAUAGAAGGAGACGAGACCUUGAGUUUGAAGUUGGUGACCAUGUAUUUUUGAAGGUGUCACCCACUCGAGGUGUCCUCAGGUUUGGCAUCCGGGGAAAAUUGAGUCUGAGGUAUGUGUUUCAGGUGUCCUUACUUCAGAAGUAUGUUCUCGACCCGAGUCACAUCAUUAAUCCCGAACCAAUUCAACUUCGGGAGGAUCUCACUUAUGACAAGCACCCGAUUCGCAUUUUAGAUUUCAAGGAAAGGAUAAUGUGGAGAAAGACCAUUCGUUUUGUUAAGGUCCUCUGGGAUAACCAUUCGGUUGAAGAAGCUACUUGGGAGCCGGCUGACCUCUCCUUUUUUUUCUUUUUUUCUUUCUUUCCUUCUUCCCCGGCCAUUUUCGCGUGUUUGCUCUGUCUCUUUUCUCCCCUGCCGCCGGACAUAAACCAACCAUUUCCGACGCCUCCACCUGAGAAAUUGAAAAUUCCCCAAAUCUACUGUCUUCUUCCUCCCCUGCCGCCAGUUGCUGCUGGGUGUGAGCUUCGGUUUUCCUGUGGUUCCCGUGGAAGCCCCCCAAUUUUCCGCCAGCUCUUCCCCUAUAUCCGCCAGCUCCAGCCUUGCUUGCUGAGGAUUUCUGGUAGAAUUGAGCAUACCCACAUGAGAUUUCUUCGGUUUAUUCUUGAAAGUGAGAACGAUUGUGAAUCAUGAAAUUUUUUUGUAAAUCUUGCUUGGUUUUGUCUCCGAUAUGGUCAUAUUAUUCGUGUGCCCGUUAGUGGCAGGUUUAUAAACGCUAGCACAUGUCGACAUGUUAUUGAUAGAACCGGUUCGCUCGUGUUAUCCUACUAGUGGGAUUAUACACUAGUAAUCGUGUGCCUGCCAGUGGGAGGUUUAUAACACUGGUCAUGACUAAUAGAGGAGACCACUAUUUAAUUUUAUUCUGCAUUAAUGGUUUGUUAUUGAGACGCUCUGUUUAUGUUUAAACUGUUUAUUUGGCAUGGUUUAAAUUUUGAUCUUGGGCAUUCAUAUUUACUUACUGAGAUAUUUUAUCUCAUAAUUUUCCUUGUCCGCCAUUUCAGGUAGUGAGACCCGACGCAUGGGGAGUCCGGGGGAGUGACGAGCUAGACGGCUAGGCAUUUUUUUGGACUUAAGUUUUUGUAGCUAGGCCACUAAUCACCCAUGCUGACUUAGGAAUUUUUGUGUACAGAGCUCCUUUAGUUAUAGAAAUGAUUGUAUAGAUGAAGUUAUAAAUCUUUGUACAUUUU